AUGCCAGAAGUUAUUAAUAGGGAAAUGAAUGUACGAGAAGGUGCUACCGUUAUUCAAUCCAGAGAAGAAGAAUCAAUUGAUUCUCCGCGGCUUGUUGGUCUCACAACAAAAGAACCAUCACUUGUUAACACGUCGUUUGAUUCACCGGAUGCCAAAAAUACACAGCCUAAAUGUUUGCCCCGGAUGUCAUUAUCUCCUAAAUUUCGGCUUGUUUGGCUAUGUACAGGUGAUAACUACCAGUUAUUAGAUGAACUAAACACUAUUUUCGGAAAUUCGUUUGCAACUUUUUCAAAUGUCGACAUAUGCGGAACAUAUAUCGCAUUAAUGAACAAUUUUCGGCUUGUAUUGAUCGUUAGCGGAAGCUUUGGUCGAGAGCUCGUGCCAAUAAUUCACGAUUUAUCUCAGUUGGAGGCAAUUCAUGUUUAUUGCCUCGAUAAAUCUGGGAACAAGAAAUGGACGAAAAAUUAUCAAAAUGUAAUCAAGUAG